GUGAAAUUGUUCAGGAAGCGGAAGAAGCUCUGCAAUAUUGUUUGGGGAGUUGUUCAUACAGUCUAUGUACAUUUUUAAAUUUAUUUAUACAGUGUUUUAUCGGGGUUUCAUAAUAAAGGAUGGCAGAAGCCCUUCCACCUCAGUUAAGACAAAUUCAACAUCAUUUACGAACUGGGCAGGAACAUGAGAAACGGGAUCCCGUUGUGGCAUACUACUGUCGCCUCUAUGCCAUGCAGACAGGAAUGAAAUUAGACAGUAAAACCCCUGAGUGCCGCAAGUUUCUCGUGAAAUUAAUGGAUCAGUUGGAGAAGAUGAAGAAAGAGUUGGGUGACAAUGAGUCAAUUUCUCAGGAGCUGGUUGGCCAUGCGCACAUUGAAAAUUAUGCUUUAAAAAUGUUCCUCUACGCAGAUAAUGAAGAUCGCUCAGGACGGUUUCACAAGAACAUGAUUAAGUCAUUCUACACGGCAAGUCUCCUGUUAGAUGUCCUUUCUGUGUUUGGAGAGCUCUCUGAAGAGAACUUCCAGCACAGGAAGUAUGCUAAAUGGAAGGCAACGUACAUCCACAACUGUCUGAAAAAUGGAGAGAUGCCGCAGUCAGGGCCAAUUGGAAUGGAAGGGGACAGUGUUAUUGACACGCUGCAAGAUGCCAGAGCAGUGUCCAUGCCCUCUCAGCCUUCUCAGCCUUCACCGCAUGUGCUUCCCAGAGAUGGUCCAGGUGCCAACGCUAACUUUUCAAACAUACAGAUCCCACCUGGAGCACAUGCACCUGCUAACACCCCAGCUGAGGUACCUCAUUGCACGGGGGAAGUCCGUCUGACACCAGAAGAUUAUACUAGGGCUCAGAAGUACUGCAAAUAUGCUGGAAGUGCUCUGCAGUAUGAAGAUGUAGGCGCGGCUGUACAGAAUCUACAGAAGGCACUCAAGUUACUCACUACAGGCAGAGAAUGAAGCCUUUGUAUUCAGUAUCUGUCCAAAAGAACUAAAAGCCCAUUACUCCACCAUCAGCUAUAUUAGAAGAAUGCAAUUCUGUUAAAGCCCUCAAAUUGAAAAUAACAAUGAAAUCUGUGUCUCCAUAUUGAAUUCCUGCUGUAGUAUUAAUCAGCAGCUUAUGUUGCUUUUCCACAGAAUGGAAAGAGGGCAGGUUGGAAGCCAUGUAUUAAAGCUUUUAGGUUCUUGAUGUUAACAGCUAAGGAGCUUGUAUACAGAAUAAUAAACUAAAUAGGAAAGACAAAAUUGUAACAGAAAAUCAAUGUAUUCUGCUUUUAUGUAUUUGCUGAUUGCUGUGUCAUUACCUUUGUGUGCUCUUACAAAAGGUAUUAGAUUUGUUAACUUCCUGGUUAAUAAUACUGACACUUUUUUAAUUUUUUUUUUUUUUUUUAAAUAUCACAGUGACCUUAAGUAAAUAUAAUGCUUUUCUGUUUGCAGAAUUACAUUUUUUGAAAUGUGAUCAUUUCUGUGGUGGUUGACUUCAGUUACAUCCCUGUCAUAUGUUUUGUGUUUAUGAACAUAUUUCUAUUAAACACAUGUUAUCUACAA